CCUCCUCCAGGACUAAUGAGCAGCAGCAUCAUGUUUGGGGUUGUCAGCUGUUCCUCACCUCACUGGACAGCAGCAAAUCAUGCUCAGUUAGUUUGUUUGGUGCGAUCUGGGUGGGCUCCUUAGAUCAGAUGCCUCCUGUGUGAGACCAACAUCUGUAGGAAUCAGGAAGAAUGAUCUGGAGGGAAGUUUGUCUCUACCUGUUGUGUAAUGUAUUCAAACUAUGCUUUUCCACUGGUCUUCAUGCACACAUCAUGCCAUUUUCCAGUAUGAGUCACCUGCAGACGGACCAAACUCUCUGUCCUCAGACUAAAGAUGGGAAUGGCUUAUUUCCAGGAUUUUACAUAAUGACUCAGUUCAACAUUGCUGAGUUGGCCAGGAGAGGGACGGUGAAGAAGGUGCCUGGAACAACAUCUCAGCAUACUGCAUAUAAGAUUGGCCCUGAGUUCAACUUUAGGAUAAACACCAGAUCUGCGUUUCCCAUGGGGCUUCCUGAGGAACUUGCAUUUUCUGCAACCUAUCGAAUGAGUGGAAAUACACCAAAUAAGAGUUGGAAUUUGUGGCAAAUGCAAGACCUGAAUGGAAAUGAACAGCUUGCAGUCAGACUCAACGGAGAGGCCCUGUCUGUGGAGUUUUCCUACAGAACCCAAGAGAAUAGACUGAUGACAGCUUUAUUCCCUUACCAAACACUCCUCUUCAAUUCUCAGUGGCACAAGAUUUUAUUGCUUGUCAAAAAAGGUUCUGUGAGCCUGAUAACAGACUGUACAGCAACAGAUUCACAGCAGCUGGCACCCAGAGGACAAGUAAACCUAGAUGGAUUCACGCAUAUUGGAAAACUGAAGGACAAUUCAGCAAUAGCUGUGCCGUUUGAGCUUCAGUCAAUGCUGAUCCACUGUAACUUAAACAUCCCGCAGAGAGACACAUGUGGUGACCUUCCUGCAAGGAGAGAGAUAUCCGAGGCAGAGUUUCAGAGGGCUGGAGCCGGCCCUCCAGGUCCUCCAGGUGUGCCUGGGAUAGAUGGCAUUGCUGGCGAGAGAGGUGACCCCGGUGAAGAGGGUUCGGCUGGUCCUGAUGGAGAUCCUGGAAAACCUGGUUCUGCUGGACUUCCUGGAUUGCCUGGAGCUGAUGGAUUGACUGGCCCCAUAGGAGAACCAGGCCUCGAUGGCCCCCAAGGACAAAAGGGAGAACCUGGCAAACCUGGACCAAGAGGAGAGGCGGGUAUUGGACCUGAUGGAGCAAUUGGACCACCAGGACCAGGAGGACUUCCGGGUGAGCUGGGAAAAGUGGGACCCCCUGGAGCCAUGGGUGUGAGAGGGCCGCAGGGACCCCGUGGACCAACAGGCCCCCGUGGUGCUGCCGGGAUGCUGGGCGGAUCAAUGGAACUGUGCCCUAAUGCAUGCCCAGCUGGUGCUCCUGGUCAUCCUGGCUUGCCUGGAAUGAAGGGUCAUAAAGGGGUGAAAGGAGAAGUUGGAGAGCCUGGUAAACAAGGACACAAGGGAGAAGAGGGAGAUCAGGGGGCACCUGGAGAGGUUGGAGCUCAAGGCCCAACUGGACCGCAGGGAAUUCGAGGUGCCACUGGUAUGAUUGGCUCCAAAGGAGAAAUGGGGUCUCGAGGUGUUGAUGGAGACCCAGGUCCUCAGGGUGUUGCAGGGGCCACGGGGGAUCAAGGCCAAAGAGGAGUAGUGGGAGAAGCUGGCCCUAAAGGCGAACAGGGACCUCAAGGGCCAAGAGGCAAUACUGGUCUUCCAGGGCCAAAGGGAGAUGGUGGUUUGCCAGGUGUGGAUGGACGUGAGGGAAUCCCAGGCAUGCCAGGUGCAAAGGGUGCUGGUGGAAAACCUGGAAGCCCUGGGGAAGUUGGCCUUCAAGGAAUUCCUGGUUUACCAGGAAGCCCAGGACCAAAAGGUGGAGCUGGAGAGAAGGGUAGUUCAGGACAACCAGGCCUCAUUGGUACUAUGGGAUCUGCAGGUAAACCGGGUGAGCGUGGAGAACAAGGAGAAGUCGGACCCAUUGGGCCUAUUGGACAGCCUGGAGACCGAGGAGAGCAGGGGCCACCUGGACCGAUGGGAAAACACGGAGCCAGAGGUCCUAAAGGUGACUUGGGCUUGCCUGGACUUCCUGGACCACCGGGCCUGCCAGGAAUAAAAGGUGAUAGGGGUGAAGCAGGCGAACCUGGACCAAAGGGAGAACAGGGAGCUCAAGGUGACGAGGGAACAUCAGGAGACAAAGGAGAAGUUGGUGACUCUGGCCAAACUGGAGCUAAAGGCGAAGUUGGUAACCAGGGGGAUCCGGGUAACAGAGGACCAGAGGGUGCCCGUGGGCAGCCUGGCAUUGAGGGGCCUCCUGGUAGCCCUGGACCACGUGGCAUGCAGGGGAACAGAGGAGCUCCAGGACCUCGUGGCACCCAGGGACCAGCGGGUAAAGAACCAAGCGAUCAACACAUCAGACAAGUGUGCAUGCGCGUUAUGCAGGAGCAGCUGGCCCAGUUGGCUGCCAGUCUGAGGAGACCAGAGUCUGGCGCAGUCGGAUUGCCAGGCAGAGCCGGUCCCCCCGGUCCUCCCGGACCCCCAGGUGACAGCGGCUUUCCUGGGCAUGCUGGUGCAAGAGGACUUCCGGGACUCAAAGGGCCUCCGGGACUUCUGGGUCUCAAAGGCCCGAAAGGCGAGAUGGGAGACAGAGGGGACAGGGGACCUACAGUCCGUGGACCCAAAGGAAUGCCGGGACCUCCUGGACUACCAGGUGAACCUGGAAAACCAGGAUACGGUCAAGAUGGGCGUGAUGGAGAACGGGGUCCACCUGGUGCCUCGGGUCAGCCGGGCGUUCCCGGACCUCCUGGUUCAGCUGGACCACCCGGUUACUGCGAUCCUUCGGCCUGUAAUCUGAGCGCAGGUGCCGUCCAUCAGUCUCUCAAAGACUCUAGCAUGAAAGGACCAGGCGGAAACUAAAAACCUCACUG